AUGAACUUUCGUCCCGUUUUGAGUUUUUCGGAGGAAAACAAGAUUGGGACCAUUCAGCCCCACAACAAUGCGUUGCUAAUCACCCUUAGGAUCGGGGACUACGAUGUGAAGAGAGUGAUGGUAGAUGGCGGCAGCGCGGCCGAGGUUAUGUACCCCGACCUCUACAAAGGGCUGGGGUUAAAACUAGAGGAUUUGAUGCCCUACAACUCCCCUCUAAUGAGCUUCGACGGGAAGCUUGUCAUCCCAAUGGGCAUGAUUAGGCUACCUAUUCAGACCGGCCCAGAGAUAGUGGAGGUGAACUUCAUCGUGGUGGACAUCUACUCCCCCUAUACGGCCAUCGUCGAUCUGGAAAAGGUGGUUAUCGGCGGCGACCCAGAGAAAUUCUUCCGAGUAGGGGCUCAGCUGCCCCUUCAGAAGAAGGAGGAGCUGAUUGAGUUCCUUAAAAGAAAUAUUGAUGUGUUUGCAUGGGAUGCCUGUGAUGCCCCCGGAAUCGACCCAACCUUCAUCUGCCAUUACCUCAAUGUCAACCCAGCCAUCACUCCCAAGAAGCAACCACCCCGUCGCCCGUCGAAAGAGCAUGCCAAUGCGAUUAGGGACGAAGUGGCGAAGCUUAAGCACGCUGGGGCUAUUAAAGAAGUCUUCUACCCCGAAUGGUUGGCCAGCACUGUGGUGGUCAAGAAGAAAAGUGGGAAAUGGUAA